AGUUUUCUUGAUGUAACGCAAAAAAAGGAUAUCUUCUUUUAAUAAUUUAAGUAUAUAUUCAUUCAAUAAUUUAUAAAUUAUUUUAGAGGGCCACAUAAACAGAGGCUCGGCCAAGGCACUUGAGAACCGCCAUUUAUUCCCUCUUUUUAAUUAUUUUUCUACUUGUUGGUAAACGUGAACUGGAUAAGUUGGAUUCGGGUGGGCAGAUGGCAUAUGCAGCCAACUCAAAUCUGCUGCCAUAUAAUUCUCCGGCCAUCUGCAAUCGCAUGGCUUCCUCCCUUCCGCUCCAACUCCGUCUUCCUCUUCCAACCAAUCCGCCUUUUCUGCGUCACCGCCCGAUUCAAUGCGCUGCCGACCGCCAGGCAUUGUUCAACCGUAUUGCGCCUGUCUAUGAUAACUUGAAUGACUUACUCAGUUUGGGUCAGCAUCGUAUUUGGAAACGAAUGGCCGUCUCGUGGAGCGGUGCAAAGGCAGGAGACUGCGUGUUGGAUAUAUGCUGUGGAAGCGGAGAUUUGGCGUUCCUCGUAUCUGAGAGAGUUGGAUACGAUGGCAAAGUGACGGGUCUUGAUUUCUCACAAGAGCAGCUAAGUAUUGCUUCUUCCCGUCAAAAUUCGCUCUCCAAACCCUGCUAUAACAACAUUGAGUGGGUGGAAGGUGAUGCACUUAAUCUGCCAUUCUCUGACGGCACUUUCGACGCCAUUACAAUGGGCUAUGGUCUGCGGAAUGUGGUGGAUAAACGGAAAGCUUUGGAGGAGAUGCUUAGAGUACUGAAACAAGGUAGUAAGAUAUCAAUUCUCGACUUUAACAAGACUACACAACCGAUUACUGCUGCCAUUCAGGAAUGGAUGAUCAACAACAUUGUAGUCCCAGUGGCAUCUGGUUACGGCCUUGCUGAGGAUUAUAAAUAUCUGUCUAAAUCCAUCAAUGAAUUUUCAACAGGAAAGGAAUUGGAAGAACUUGCUUUAGAAGUUGGGUUUUCUACCUCUAGACAUUAUGAAAUUAGUGGAGGUCUCAUGGGAAAUUUAGUGGCAUCACGUUGAUUGUUAUUAAUGUUUUGUCAUAGUUCAUUUUUCUUGAUCUUAGUUCAAAUUUCUUGAACUGAGCUCUUUGUGACUUGUGAGAAUAUGGUGUGUGGCUUCACGUCUUUUAUGCAUCAAGUUCUGUGACAUUUUCAUUGGAGCUCUGUUUCAUGCAAGUUUAAGCAACAAAAAGUAUAUAAUUGCAAUAGAUGCCCCAUAUUUGGUUUCUAAUCAA